AGAUUCUGCUGCACGCACUACACAUCGAACUGUUAAUUCCCCUUUACAAUGACCCGUAGUCGAAAUGUCCGCCUUUACCGCGCGUGCCAACGGUGUCGCCAGCGGAAGCUCAAGUGUGAUCCAACUACAUCCCCUGACGGGGCAAGGUCCUCGUGUCGGCAGUGCGUUCGAGCUAGCAAUGAAUGCGUCCUCGCUGGAUCGCGUCGGGGAGGCGAUUUCUCCAGGUUUCGACGUCCGCGACAUGGGGGGAGCUCUACGCCUGUUGGAAGCGUCGACACAACACACGAGCCGACAGCGCAGACUGAGUAUCGCGAGAAAGCAGUAGAGAAUCCCAUCUACGACGAGUUAACGAAUCCCGGUGAUGCUCUUCAAAUCCUUGCGCGACUGGCAGCAGCUCCAGCCUUCGCGGAUAGGGUCUCCGCCGCAAGGCGAGAAUAUUCAGAAGCUGCACUGUCGGCGAACAGUAUGAUGGCCCAGUCAACUGUAUCUGCGAUGGAAUUACUGGUGAUCAGCGUGUUGGGUACGGACCUGGUGGAUCGGCUGCUGCAUCGGUAUGAAGCACCGCCUGAGCAAUAUUGGAUGGCUUCUGACUGUCUAGCUACGCAAUCAACUACCACACCUUCUGUCCUCUUGUCCCCAAAAGUCUCCUCUGCGCGACAGAUAUGCGAAAGCUGGCCAUUGAUGAGCCGUUCCUCCUGGUGGUGAUUUUGACGAUCGCAUCAAAGGAUGAGGCUGUAUAUCAGGCCACUCAUCAACACUGCUGUCGGUACGCCAGAUUUCCGUCCGUAUGGGACAGUCUUUCUGGUCGAGGGGCCCCUCCCUCUCGACUCACUUCACAGCCAAAGAUUUUCCGAGUCUGUGCCUUAGGGCAG